AUGGCUUCAACUGAAAAAUUUACUCAAACUGAGAAAAAAGAAUUGAAAAUGGAGUUUUCCUCAUCGGAAAUUUCAUGUGAUUCUGUUCUGGCCAAGGGAGCUGAUUCGUCAGGCUCGACUUCUUCUCUCUGUCCAGCAUGUGACAGAAGAGCAGCUAGUGAUGCUGCCCUUGGACCUCCAAUAGAAGAAAGGUCUUUACAAACUUCGACUAAGCAACCCUGGUCAAAAAGAGAGCAUCUGAAUUCAUCUGAGGAGAGCUUGAGCAAAGGCGAUGCCUCUACACGCUUCAGCUUUUUGAAGAAGCUUUGGGACACUGUUGAAAGCGAUCGGUUUGAGUCCAUUUGGUGGGGUGACAAUGGAAAGUGUGUAGUGAUUCAUGAAGAAUUGUUUGAAGAGGAAGUACUAGCAAGGAGAGGACAUCUGAGAAUUUUUCAAAGUGAGAGCAUGAAAAACUUCAUCCAUCACCUCCAUCUGUACGGAUUCACCAGAAAGCUGUGGGAUUUUCCAAAAUCGGGCUCACGCAAUGACUUGCUAGCAGAAGAAACAGCUAGGGAGUUUCACUUCUACUACAACCCGAAUUUUCAAAGACAUUUUCCGUAUCAGCUAAUGAAGUAUAAGCAAAGGUUUGGUCCAAAAAAUCGAACACCAGCAGGAUUUUCACCGGACAUGGAUUUGCAUGCACACCGCCAGAAAAGAAAACCAGAUGUUGAGCUUGCGUGGGAAACCACUUUCGAGGAGGAGAGCGGUCCGUUCACAGCAGGUCCAAGGGGGAACAUCACAGCCGCCCCGGCCCGGCUGGCGUCCAGGGUGCUGCUUCUGGAGGCGCCGUGCCGGCUGUGCCCCACAGUCACUUUCUGCCAGGGCUGGCACCUCCCACCUCUCCACCUGUGCCGGCAGCAGCUGCUGCUCUGUCUAUGCCAAGGCCACCGCAGGGCCAAACUCCACCGUACUGCCACUGCCCGACUUGCACUUGUGGUCCAAACAGCGGACCCGCAGGCAAUGGCCUUGGACCCCAACCCAGGGCAUGCUAGGUACCUUCCACAGCUCUUUUAG